AUGGCGCAGUGGAACCAGCUUCAGAUGCUGGACUGCAAGUACCUGGAGCAGGUGGAGCAGCUUUACGAUGACUCGUUCCCCAUGGACAUCAGGCAAUACCUGAGCAACUCGACGACCAACAUAGCCGCUUCGCCCUGGAAAACAACUUCCUGCUACAACACAACAUCCGCGAGAUUAAGAGGAACCUACAGGCCAACAAUGUCCCUGCCUGUUGUUGUCAUCUCUAACGUCUGUCAGCUGCCCAGCGGCUGGGCCUCCAUCCUCUGGUACAACAUGCUGACCUCCGAGCCCAGGAAUCUGAAGUUCUUCCUCAGCGCUCCGCAGGCCAAGUGGUCUCAGCUGUCCGAGGUCCUCAGCUGGCAGUUCUCCUCCGUCACCAAGCGAGGCCUGAACCAGGAGCAGCUCAACAUGCUGGCUGACAAACUGCUCGGAGCCAAAGCCAAGAGGAACCCAGAGGGACAAAUCCCCUGGACCAAGUUCUGCAAGAGUGCGAACGAGAAAGCGUAUUCCUUCUGGUUGUGGAUCGAAGAAAUCCUGGAUGUGAUUAAAAGACACCUGCUUUCCCUUUGGAAUGACGGGGGUCUGUCUAAGACAGACUAA